AUGGCUGAAGUGCACCGAAUAACGCAAUUGCUCCGCGAACGAGCAUCAAAGAACCUUCCAGCUCAAUCAACACUUACUGCAUUACAAGAGGAGGAGCUUGCUGAUCAACUAUUCAAUGUAUUUGAGUCAAUAUGGACAAGUACUACGUAUAAUGAAGAAGACGAAACGACUCUAGAUAAUAACACAUCAGACAAUGAAAUAGAUGACUGCAAAGAUGAUUCUGAUGAACGAUCUGACGAUCCAGAUUAUAAAGAAGAUGAUGAAAAACCGGUGUUUGAAUCAUUUACUAUGUCGUACAUGACACGAGCACUUGAUUACUAUCAUGAAAUUAAUCCCAAAACUGGAAAAAGAUCGCACUCCUGGAAGAGCAUCCAAUACAAAUUUAGAAGAAUUACUCACCAGUCAUAUAUGGCUCGUUUUCGAGAUUAUGUUGAACAAAAAGGAAUAAAGAAACAAAAAAUUGAUAUAUUAGCUGAUCACGUUUACAAUAACUUCGAAAGAGCUCGAGAUCUUUUGUGUCCAGUCCAUGAUAUGGAUUUGAAAAGAUGGGGUAUACGAGAAUCCAGAUCAAUGUCAUUUCAUAAUUUUGUGGCAUCAGAUACUUGGCUUUUAAAUUUUAAACACAAGUAUAAUAUUUGUUCAAGAAAAAUUAUUAAAGUUGUUACGAAACGUGAACUAAUUAAUGAAGAUGAUAUUCGAAGCUCAGCGGAAGAAUUUAUUAAUGAAAAUAAACGUGACAAUUUUUGUGACUAUGCAUUUGAUCCCAACAGAAUAAAAGCAAAUAAAUUUUAA